CGCCUAGUGUAUGUAUAUAUACUCAGCCUAGACAUGGUGUACCUUUGUAUCUUAUUUUGAAUCAAUCAACAAUGUCCGCACUCAUGAGAUUGGAUGGUAAGAUCGCUAUUAUAACAGGUGGAGCCAGUGGGAUUGGAGCUGAAUCCGCUAGGCUGUUCACCGAGCAUGGAGCCAAGGUGGUCAUCGUUGACUUACAAGAAGAGCUUGGUCAGAAAGUGGCCUCGUCUAUCGGACCAGACAAAGCAUGUUUUUACCGUUGCGACAUAACAGACGAGACACAAGUGGAGAACGCCGUUAAGUUCACGGUCGAAAAAUAUGGAAAGCUUGAUGUCCUGUUUAGUAACGCCGGUGUCAUGGAACAGCCAGGAAGCAUCCUCGACUUGGAUCUCAAACAGUUUGACCGGACAAUUGCAGUCAACGUCCGCGGCCCGGCAGCGUUUAUCAAACAUGCAGCCCGUGCGAUGGUGGAGAAGGGCACGCGUGGGUCAAUAGUAUGUACGACGAGCGUAGCGGCGGAGAUCGGUGGUCCUGGACCUCACGUGUACACCGCGUCUAAGCACGCACUUGUAGGGCUGAUAAGAACGGCAUGCGGCGGGCUGGGGAAGUACGGGAUAAGAGUCAACGGCGUUGCACCGUACUGUGUGGCGACGGGGAUAAAUAGCCGUGACGAGGAAACGGCGAAGAUGGUGGAGGACUAUUGCGCCGCCACAGGGAUAGUCAAAGGUGUGGUGCUCAAGGCUAGCCAUGUGGCUCAAGCAGCUUUGUUUUUGGCGUCGGAUGAUUCAGCUUACGUUAGCGGGCAGAAUCUGGCAGUCGAUGGUGGUUACACCGUGGUUAAGCCCAUGUGAAGAAAUUAAUAAAAAUAUGUUUCUUUGGCCGCAGGCUCUUUCGUUUUGAAUAAUUCUGUAUUGUCUCCCAUAUCUAUUCGGUAUAAUUAUUGUUACUUGAAAUAAAAUUCCGUGUAAUAUCAUGCCCAAUGCUAUAUUAAAAAGAAAAAAAUAUCAUGCCCAG